GCUCAGGAAGGAGCAGAUAAAUGGCAGCCGCUCCGAGCGCGUCCAGGUGGAACCCGCUUUGUUACCGCGGACGGGCGGAAUGAGCCCCGCGUGAGUCCGGGACGCAGCGCCGACGGUCCGGCAGCCAUGAUCUACCUACUCGUCCUGUCCGCGCUGUCCGGGGCGCUGCUGACGCUCGUGCUGCAGUUCCUGCUGGUGUACCGGAGGGAGCCGGAGCCCGCAGGCAGGACGGAGCAGUACGUCAAAGUGCUUCCUGACGGCGCCCUCAAGGACUACUUCAGGAGCCCGCAGGGCCCCGGCGAGGCGGGCCAGCCGCAGCCCGACAGCCCGGGCCCCGCCGGCUGCGGGCCCGGCCGGCCGCUGGAGGCCGGGUCCGGGUCCGGCCCCGGCCCCGGCUCCGGGCGGCCGCUGGACGCGGCUGUCAGCGGCGGAAGCCCCAAACAGCAGCAGCAGCCCCCGCCGCCCCCUCCUGCCCCCAACGCCGAGCCCCCCGAGCCGGCCAAGCCGGAGACCUGCCAUUUCCUGAACGCGAUCUUCCUCUUCCUGUUCCGCGAGCUCCGGGACACCCCGCUGGUCCGGCACUGGCUCACCAAGAAGAUCAAGGUGGAGUUCGAGGAGCUGCUGCAGACCAAGACGGCGGGCCGCCUGCUGGAGGGGCUCAGCCUGCGGGACAUCUCCCUGGGGAACUCCCUGCCCGUCUUCAAGAGCGCCACCCUGCUCAAGCCCGUGCACGUGAACGAGGACGGCAUGCCCGAGGAGCUCAACUUCGAGGUGGACCUGGAGUACAACGGCGGCUUCCACCUGGCCAUCGACGUGGAGCUGGUGUUCGGCAAGUCCGCCUACCUGUUCGUCAAGAUGAGGCGCGUGGUGGGCCGGCUCAGGCUGCAGUUCACGCGCAUGCCCUUCUCCCAUUGGUCCUUCUCCUUCCUGGAGGACCCGCUGGUGGACUUCGAGGUCAAGUCCCAGUUCGAGGGGAGGCCGCUGCCACAGCUCACCUCCAUCAUCGUCAACCAGCUGAAGAGGGUCAUCAAGAAGAAACACACCCUGCCCAACUACAAGAUCAGGUACAAGCCCUUCUUCCCGUUCCAGGUCCAGCCGCCGCUGGGCUCGUUCUGCGACCUGGACCUGUCGCUGCAGGACAGCCGGCUGGUGGAGGGACGGCUCCGAGUGUCCCUCAUGGAGUGCAGCAGGUUGUUCAUCCUGGGCUCCUACGACCGGGAGACGUACGUCCACUGCACGCUGGAGCUGAGCAGCCAGCAGUGGAAGGAGAAGACCCGCAGCUCCAUCAAACAGACGGAGGUCAUCAAGGGGGCGUGCGGUAGCGUGGGCAUGACGUUCAGACACGUUCCCGCCAGCGAGGGCGACGCCGUGCACGUCAGCAUCGAGACCGUCACGCCCAACUCCCCUGCGGCCAUGGCAGACCUGCAGAGGGGCGACCGGCUCAUCGCCAUCGGAGGGGUCAAGGUGACGUCCUCAGUUCAAGUGCCCAAGCUGUUGAAGCAGGCUGGAGACAGGGUGGUGGUCCUGUACGAGAGGCCAGUCCGUCACCAGACCCCCUCUUCAGGAAACCUGCCCACUCUGCAGGAAGGGUUCGGGCAGCUGGAGGAAACAGGUUUUAUUUCCCAACCAGGGGGCUAUGAGGAAGACCCGGCCCCCAUCACUACCCUCUCUGACAUAUCUGACAGCAAAGACAUGGACUCCGAGUUCGAAGAGUUGAUUGUGGACUCUAAAUCUGGCCAGACUGGUGGCUGUAACACCAGUACCACAAAUCCCAGUGACACCAAGGAGGAUUUCCUACUCUCAGUAAACCAAAGCCCCAAAAGGACUGUGGCCACCUUGGCCUCGAAGCCUCUCGGUUCCAUAUCACCCAUCCUCAACCGUAAGUUAAACCUAGUGGGUCUCCAGUCACCGUUAAAGCCCCAGCCCAAAGAAUCUCCAAAGCCCUCUCCACAUAAGACCAGUAGUGAUUCAGGGGAGGGUCUUCAGCGCCCCACAGUCCCACCCCCGCCUCCACCCGCUCGGCCCCCAGUCCCACCAAGACCUCAGAUCAGGCUCACAUCAGCGUCGUCAGAAACCAGUCUGUUGGAAGGAGUUGAUUCCGUUUCGGCUUCUCAUGCGACGGUUCCUCCUACCGUGACGGCGGGCAGCACUUCUGAAAAGUCCCCUGAAAAAGCUCCUCUCGCUGGAUCCGGUGACGACAAAGCCGGCCCUGAGAAGGUGUGUGUGAAAGCGGCUGAUGUGAAGCAGCCUGCGAAGGCGGCAGAGUCCAGUGACGAGAUGCUCAAUCCUUCCACCGUGACCAGCAGCAGCAAGGCCGAUCAGGCCAAAGACAAAGCCUCAGAGAGCUCCUGUAGUACUCGGGACAGUCUGGAAGACCACUCCCUUUGGGAAUCGCCUGAGACCAAGUUUCGUAAUCAGACGGCACGCUGGUCCAAAGCCUCGGUGGUGUUUGAAGUUGAAAGCAACCAUAAGUACCUUAAUGUGGCCCUGUGGUGCAAAGAUCCCUUUAAGCUGGGCAGCUUGUUGUGCCUGGGCCACGUCAGCCUGCAGCUGGAGCACGUGGCCCUGGAAUGUAUGGCUACAUCCUCAGCAGAGUACCAGAGCACCUUCAGGCUGGGGCCUCCGGAACCGCGAGCUAACGUCAGCCGCACCGCACUGCGCAGUCUCAGCACCCACAAGGGCUUCAACGAGAAGCUCUGCUACGGAGACGUUACGCUGAACUUCUGCUACUUGGCGGAGGGCGAGGUGGAGUAUCCAGGGGGGCCGGCGGAGAGGGAGCGCGAGGGGAGCCUCCAUGAUGAGGAGAUAAGGGAAAGGGAGAAGGAACUCGUCCCUUCGGCACCCCGCGACGACUUGGCCUACAGCACCAUGCAGCUCGUCGAAGUGCGGCACAACUUCCAAGACACGCAAUUCCAGAACCCCACCUGGUGCGAGUACUGCAAGAAGAAGGUUUGGACUAAGGCGGCCUCGCAGUGCAUGAUCUGCGCCUACGUUUGCCAUAAGAAGUGCCAGGACAAGUGCCUCGCUGAAAACCCUUUCUGUGUGGCGGCGGCCGAACGUCGUGGGGCCGACCCCGAGGCCAAGUCCACCAUCAACCGCGCCACCACGGGCCUGACGCGCCACAUCAUCAACACCAGCUCCCGCCUGCUCAACCUCCGCCAGGUGCCCAAGACCCGGCUGGUGGAGCAGGUGGCGGACGCGGUGCCCGGGGCGGUGGAGCCGUCGCCCAAGCAGACCCCCAACACGUCCGACAACGAGAGCAGCGACACCGAGACCUACACCAGCGGCGCCAGCCCCUCCAAGCAGCCCGCCGGCGCCGCCGCCGGCAGCAGCAAGCUGGUGCGCAAGGAGGGCGGCCUGGACGACAGCGUGUUCAUCGCAGUCAAGGAGAUCGGCCGGGACCUGUACCGGGGGCUCCCCACAGACGAGCGCUCGCAGAAGCUGGAGCUGAUGCUGGACAAGCUGCAGCAGGAGAUCGACCAGGAGCUGGAGCAUAACAACGCCCUGCUGCUGGAGGAGAGGGAGGCCGCGGACCACCGGCGCAAGGCCCUCAUCAGCACCGCCCUGUCCAAGUCCGGAGAGCGCCUCCAGGCCCUGACCCUGCUCAUGAUCCACUACCGGGCCGGCAUCGAGGACCUGGAGUCGGUGGAGAGCACGUCUCCGUCAGAGCAGCACGGCUUCAAGGGCAAGGCGGAGGGCCUGGAGGAGGAGGGGCUGAUGGGUCCGGAGGUGUACGACAGCGACAUGAGCAGUCCCGUGGAGGUCCAGCUGCUGGACGACAUCACCGAGGAGCAGAUCUGCGUGGAGGCGCUCCACUGAGUCAGACUGCUCAACAGGAGGAAGGACAACUUGUGCUUCGAGCUUGUGCCUGCCAGCAGCAUUUCGUCCGUGUUGUGAUCAGAUUUUUCAGCAGGACGUCUGAAAUGUGAGGGAUGUAAGGGAACGCCGCUUCAUUCGCACGUCGAUAUUGUUUGGACCUGGAAAUGAGGGUUGGCCUGAGGGAGUCUCUUCCCGCCGGGGAUCAUGGUGAACAUCUUUACUUUUUUUUAUUUGCACAGUGUGACGUUGUUUCUGUGCUCCACAGGUUUUUCAAAGGGAAGCUGGAAAGCUGCUCCGCUCUUCUGCCCUCGGUCGUGCUGCACGUUUGUCCAUUGGUUUUAUUUUGUGGCUUCAAAAUGUCACUGUGAGCAUUUAAUUUAGUCUGCUUUCCUUUCUGUAACUGCAUUGACAUGAGGACUCCAGAAAUUGUGGACGUUUGUUUGGUUUAAUAGUCUGAAACAGGAAAAUAACAAACUGAGUUUCACAAAACGGUCAACAACAACAAAUACCGUUCAGGAAGUUGAGUAGAUGGAAAAUGUUGAACUCUUGUUUUAAAAUCACACUUCAGGCUUGUCACAAUCUGGUUUAUUUGUAGUGAGGACCCAAGAAAGCAAUUCCUUUCAAUGCUAACGAGACUAAAUCAAUGUGUAAAUACCACUUUUCACCACAAGAUGGUGUAGUGAGUCACUUUACCUCCAUCAUGUGUUCAUUUGAAGAGAAGAAGCUGCAAAUUCUGACCGAGAAAUUUGAUGAUAGCUGAAACGCCCUGCGCAGAAAGGGCCUUCCACUAAUCUUUACUUUGUCUAUCUGUUGGUUUCAGGUCAAGUCAAAGAACAUUUAUGCAAUUUUUUACAAAGGCCGCAAUGAAUGUACCUGAAAUCCGAUCACAAAAAGCUGAUUUACAGAUUCUACUGUGGACUUCAGCUCUUAAGUAUCCUCUGUAUAUUUGUAAUACUGUUACAAAUAUCUGGAAAUAUAGGACAUACCUGUGUUUGUCUCACUGCUUUGUGUUUACACUCGUUGGAAAUGGUGUCAUUUCCAUUUUAAAUGUGAUUAAAGUGACUUGAAGUCAAACUAAAAUGUAAACAAACCUGACGCAUGAUUUUAAAACUGGUUUGUGGAGGAGUUUCCUCUCGCUGGUCUCUGAUUGAACCCGAGCUGCACUGGAAGCUCCUCCAGAGCCCUGCGCUGCGGGACUCGAACAUAUCUCAUUCAGAGCACUUUGGACCGUCGUGUUGUAGAAACGACCGUCAGUAACUGUCCAUAGAUAACGCGUCUCUUUUUGGUUGGUUACUUUGUGUUUGAUUUGUUUUUGGGUGCUUUCAUUUUCUUGAAUCUGUCCGUCUUUCUGCUGCUCGGUCUCGUUUUGUUGGGAGUUGAGGCCUCUCAGACUGAAGUCACGUUCUACUGCCUCGCUGCUUUUCGGUUUGAGGUGGAUUAACGAAGCCGUGCGGGACUGUUCAGACGCACUGCUCCGCUCUGGAAAGGACCAGAACUAAAAACCUGGCAUGACUUUCCUCCUCCGAGAGUCCCAGCUUUAUGAGAUCAGGUGUUUUCAGCCCGAGGAGCCCUCUGGAUGUUUCCUCUCCAGGUCAUUUCAGAUGAGAAAUGAGCCUCUGAUCAGUUCUGCACGGAACAAACCGGAAUGAAGAUGAGCUGAACUUCCUGUUCAGCCAGCGGCAGUAAAACGUGACCUCUGAGGAAGAUGGUCUGAGUGUUUCCUGGACUCUGGUUUCUGUCUGUGUGUUUUAAUGCCCGUGUACGUUCCUCUUCUGUGCUUUGUGUGUUGAGCUGUUUGCCUCCACUCUCUCUUCUACAUCCUGACACUGAUUCUGUUAUCAGAGGGGGAAAUCUCCCACAACCUUUCUUCUGUCGUGAACAUCGGUGGUUGCUUCGCCGGUCGGAGACGUCCUGGAUGUUUCCUCAGGUCAUGAUUAAAGACGACCCUCAGUCUAGUCCCAGUCCCAUACAACCUGCAGGCUGGAUUGACAGAAGGUCCAGCCUCUUUUCACCUGAUUCGGCUCAUAUCCAGAUAGAACCAAUCAGAAAAACCUCCACCUAUGUUCAGAGAAACGUCACGGCACGACUUCAUUCAAUCGCAUCUCUUGACCCGGUGUUGAAUGUGACGGUGACGUCCGGACUCGGUUUUAUCGUUGACUCGCUCCCGCUGCAGAUCAGCACCUCUCAACCUGUGAGACCCUUCAAAACAAUCAGAAACCGUCUUAGAAAUGGACGAGUGGGAAACAUUUUCACCUCCACAGAUCAUUUUCACUGGAGUACAGAGGUCAGGCCAUGUGUUACAUACAUCACAUUACUUCCCAGCAGAUGUUCUGCUGUUCAUCUGGAGGAAACCCAGAUUAGGAUUAUUCUGCUUCUGGAUGUUACUGCGAGUUUGGCUUCACGUGAAUGUUUUGACCAUUCAGACACUCAUCCUCCAGAAGAGUUUUACCAAGUUUAGAAGCCCCUGACCUGUUUACGAAUGAGCUCUGUGGGUUUCAGACUGCACUUUACAAUUCUAGAUUCAAACACAUUUCACACGCUCAGACUAAUCAAUUGCUUGCUGCAGUCUCACAGAACUGAAGUCGAUAAGAAAUGAGCACGUGCACAGUUCCGCCUUCAGCCCGCAGCGUUAAAAACAGAAGAAUCCUCGCGCAGCGUUCUCUCUGCAUGUUGAGUCCACAGCAGGCCUGCAGUCCAGGAAGCAGAGACUCAUUUCCUGUCCCUUCUGCUGUAGAUAUCGGCUCACUGGCUGCUCCACUGCUCAAUCUCCCUCCAUCUCUGUACGGCCAGAGUCUUUGUGCAAUAUUUUUGAAGGAGCCUAAGCUGAUAAUCAGGAAUGAAUCCCCUUGAUUUGCCAUGUUGUCUGUCUGGGGGUGUAACCCUGGGGGGGUGUGGGACCACUGAGACCCUCGGAGGAGGACCUCCUUCAUCCGUAACGCCACUGCUGCUGCUGUAACGUGCGCUCACACACAUCUCAUCUUGACCCUGACAAAGGGCUCGUCCAGCAUGACGGCCCGUCACGGCUUCCUGCGGCUCAACGCCCGCUGCUUUCUUUCUUUAGGUUUUGUUUUUUUUGUUGUUGCUGUUUUUUGGGUGUGUGUGUAUAUGAGGGAUGUUCUACUUUAGUUUUCAAGAAAGUCUCAUGUGAUGAAGCUUUAUUGUAAAUAAGCUGAAUAAACAAGGUGAAAUGA